CUACACAUUUCCCUUGAGGUGUGAGGAGUAAAGAAUAUUAUAAAAAGUGCAAACACAUUAAUAUUUACAAUAAAAAAAAAAUACAGGUAGAAAGUAAAACAUGGACUGUCUCAUCUCCACAGACUCCGAGUGUUCCCACAUCUCGUCCAGAUGGUUGUAGCUCCGCCCAGGCAGCUUAGUAAAACAUUCCAGCCCACCUCUGGGACUCUGCUGGCUCCUCCACAUGCUGCCACUGAACGCCAGUCAAGAUUUCACAGAGAGAGACCGGAGAGACUGACACAAAAUGAGAGGACUUGUUGUCUUGGCAACUUUGGCCUGCUUUGCCAGCGCCCAGCACCAAGCACUGAUUGACUAUUUAGAGCGGAGGCUGCUUGCUAUUGAGGACCGGAUCUCUCUAUGGCAAGAACAGACGGCCCGUUAUGCCUCCGAGCUGCGGGAGCUGAAGCAACAAAUGGUCGCCCAGCUGGAGAGCUUGGACAAAGAGAAGGAGUCCCUGAGAGGCAGCCUGGACAGUGUGGGCACCAGGGUGGACCGGGUGGAGCGUGAGCUGGACUAUCUAGAGACUCAGAACGGGGCGCAGCCGUGUGUGGACGUGGAUGACAAGCUGAUCGAGCAGCAGGUGACGGUGGUGAUGGAGAAGCAGAAGACAAAGUAUUUUAAACUGUCAGACUGCAGCGACAUGAUCUCCAACAUUAAAGCCAUGAAGAUUUUGAAAAGAGUUGGAGGACAAAAGGGCGUGUGGAGCAAAGACAGCAGCAGCAGCAGCAGCAGCACGGACGAUGGAAAGGUCUACAUAUUCAACGGGACAGACGGCAACACCGUCCAUGAGUUUUCAUCACUGCAGGACUUCGCUCGCUCCCCGGGCCUGUCUCAGUCCAAGGCCCUGAAACUGCCGUCAUCGUGGCGAGGAACAGGACAUGUCAUCUACAACCACCACGCGUAUUACAUCCACCAGGCUGAAGAGAUCACGGUGAAUAAAUACGACCUGACGGACAACUCUGUGACGGACGUCGCCGUGUUCCCUGUCCAGGACCAUGUCCCGGUGUACGGCCUUAACACCGAGACAGUGAUGGACCUGGCUGUGGAUGAAGAAGGUCUCUGGGCCAUUUACGCCACGCAGCAGAACGAGAGGCACAUUUCACUGGCCAAAAUGGACACCAGCUCCCUGGACAUAGAGCAGAUGUGGGACACCAACUGUCCACGAGAGAACGCCGAGGCAGCCUUCGUCAUCUGCGGCACUCUGUACGUGGUGUACAACACCAUGCAACCUGGGCGCUCUCGUGUGCAGUGUGUGUUUGACGUCAACGACAUGGUGACCACCGAGGAUGCUCCUCUCGUUUACUUCCCGAAACGCUACGGGGCUCACUCUAGUCUGAAGUACAACCCAAAAGAGCAGCUGCUGUACGCCUGGGACGACGGCUACCAGAUCCUGUACAAGCUCAGCAUGAAGAAGAAGUUGGAAAUAUGAGCUCAUCAGUACAAAACAAAUGAUUCUCUGAAAGAGCAGAAUCAUCCCACGAGCAGGACCACCCUGGUUUUAGAAGUUCUAGCUUUGUACAACUCAUUUAUACUUGAUCAGAGCAGGCAAAUUAAUAUGUUGUUACUGUUUAAGCAGCCAUUAGUUUGUUUCUUUAUAUUCUAAAAACUCACAGUGACAACAUGGAUUGACAUUUCAUCCUACGAUAAUGCUAAUCUAUCAUGUGCCGAGGACCGUCUGUUGCAGGAGUCCAGAACUACAGGAUCAUAAAGGUCCGACAGGACAGUCGACAUUUGGUUUCCGUCCCAUGGUUGUCUUGAUGUAACCUCUGUAAUAACACUGCACUGUCUCCAUCCUUAGUUUUGUCGACUGAUGGAUCAACAUGAGUAGGUUUUACUCUUUGACUCGACCUCUUGUCUCAUAGUGAAAGACAAGCAACAGCUAGCUGGCUAGCACUUAUAAUAUUUCUGUCUUGUGUGUUGAUUUCAGACAUUUUUUGUUGUGUUGAAACUAAACUGAAUCAUUUUAACAAUCUAGUAUAUAAAACUGUAUCAAACUAUAUUAAUGAAUUCAGUCUCUUUUCUAUAUGGAAUACAGAGAAAACCAAACACGUUUAAGCCACUACUUAGCAUUGGAGAAUUUUGAUUUUCUAUUGUUGUUGUUCCUUGAAUUUGACCUGACUUUGUCUGACUUGAUGCAUGAUUGAUGCGUGACUAAUAUUUUUUUUUCUACCUUCAUAGUGUAAUUUUUGGAUCAAAUUUAAAUAAAGAAUUAAACUGGCAGACCAUUGGCUUGGUGUGAUCUGAGCUGGGUUCUUUUUUCAGUUUCAUCUGUCCUUUGUUCCACAUUCUCUUAUAUUCUUCAUGAAAUAAUGUCACUUUUGUGAAAAACAAGUCACCGACCCUCCUCAGGUAAGAAGUAAUCUGGAUCUUUUGGGGGUAAAUAUCCCUUUGAAUUUACUUUUCAGAGGAGGAAAAAAAAUCUGUUAAAUAAAAUAUGUAAAAUGUAACUAAAUAUUGGUAAAGACUUAGUAUGUAUAUGAUUUGAUUUAAAAAAAAAUCUCUUUAAUAAUGAUCAAAACCCCGGUCUAAAAUAAGGGUAAAAACACUUACGAUGACAAGGAUUUAGUAAAAAAAAAAAAAAAUAACUUCUCAGCACAAUAAAGUUU